GAGGAGAGUUGUGGCUGACAGGAGGCGGGGCUAAGCAUCCAGUCAAUGGAGGAGAGCUGGGCCCCUAGAUAAAAGAUUCUUAGGUUUAAUAUCGUCCCCAGACGCCCCUACAGGAGGGACCUCUCCCUGGGCCCUAACUGGGCCAAGUACAGCAGCAGUGCCUCAUCACAUCUCCUGCGGCAGGUAACCACAGGUUUUCUGUGUAAUGUGUGAUUAUGUGCCCUGACCGAUGGUGAUGACCGCACAACCAUGAACCAUAAUAGCAGUGUGCAGUCCCCUCUAAAUCUGGGGGUCACCGUGGAGCCUGGCACUGCUACUCCCCUCCAUAACAGUACGGGGGGAUUCAUGAUCACCGACAAACCUACUGUGGGAACCUGGCUACUUUCUUUGGGCAUUGUGACUGUCAUUGGACUGGCAGUGGUCAUGGUUCUGUACAUCAGAAAGCAGAAGAGGCUGGAGAAACUCCGCCAUCAGCUGAUGCCCAUGUAUAAUUUUGACCCAGCCGAGGAGCAGGAAGAUUUGGAGCAAGAACUAUUGGAACCAAACAGAGAUCUGCAACCCCAGGGAAAGGUUCUGCUCACCAGCCUAUGCCCUCUACAGAGACCAACCCGCUUGGUGUUUACUGACGUUGCCAAUUCUAUCAGCGCUUGAGGAAGGUUCUUGACAUGUCCUGUAGGGGGCACUACAGGAAUGGAGGUUAUAUAUAAAGCUGGGCCCCUUGUUUUUCCUAGACUGGUGAUCUCUGCUGAUCUGUAUCUUCAUAUACUGUAUAUAUAUAUUCUGGCAUCAGCAUGGAAGCAAUUGAUACACUAGGAGCUGAACACAUAUAAUAUAUUAAACUCUGCCCUUUUCUAGGAAAGUUGCACACAGUGUAUUGGUGAGACUCUGCAACCCCCCAGCUGUGAUGACACUGCUCCACAACUGCAGGACCCUCUCCUGUACAUAUGCCUUAACAUCACUACAGUGCACAUACAGGGCCCCAAAGGUUCUCAUCCCUCCGUUGUUCUGCAGCAAAGCACAGACACAGUUUGCCUCACUUUUUGUGUAAGUCAAGCCUUUUGGUUUUGGACACCCUGCAUUGGAGGCCGAGCUGUUUAACUCCUCAGUUACUGCAGGGUUGACAUCACAUCCAGGCGACAAUGCCAUUUGACUAUGGCAAAUUCCCUGGCAGCGCCUUUUUGUACUGUUCUGUUGGCAGGAUCAUUAUUUGAUAUUAGCUUGUUCGGAUCUUUUGUGCUUCAUUAAAAUUUCUUCAGACCCUA